UGAAAUUGAAAGCCUCCCGCCAGAAAUGAGUCUGAAAUAAAACGAGAUUUUCAAAAUGAAAGAAAAAGAAAAUCAAACUCCGCGAAAAGAACACCGACGAUCUUUAGAUCUCGCCAAUCGCCGAUCAAAUGAUUCUCCGGCGAAGAAAACUUCAAAGAAGAUUGCUCAGAAGAGUUUAAUCGAAGCAUUCAUUUCGCCGAACGAAGAUGAUUUACCUAAUAUUUCUGAAGAGUCCAUUGAUUUCUCUUCAAUUUCUGCCGUUUCAGAUACUAAUUUCAACUUUGAAACUACUGAGAGCAUUGCCAUCACAUCGAAUCCAUUACUUUCAAGUUCAUCAGAAACUUUCAUAUCAUCUGAAAUCGGUCCUUAUUCAAAGAUAAGCGCUGCAAAUAGGGAUGAACCAAUUGACUUUUCAAAGACUGGUUUAGCGGAAGUAGAGAUUUUUCUGGAUCUUCUAAAACAAGCUCGAUUCCAAGUAUUGAAUUCAGCUCACGUGGAGAACAAAUCCAAGAAGGUUCUAGAUGCAUUAAUCGAGUUCACUAUUAAGGAGUUUUAUGCUAUGCCUCAAGAGAUAGAUAAGCUACAGGAACUUGUUUCUAGAAAUGCUUAUGUCCGAUUUCUCUGCUUCUUGACUUGGGUUGUUGCGGUUUCCUUAUUUUCCUUGUAUUUGUUCUGCUAUUCAAGACUCGUUUGCUCUUUCACGGGACCGCCGCCAACUUGAAGGUAACUUUUACUGUUUUCAUGUUAAUUGGAUUUGGAUUUUCGGAUCAUCUUCGUCACUCCAUUUUGAUGACAUGUUGCAGUUUCAAUGUGUAUAGUCUUGCUCUGAUCAUUUUCAUAAUUUCGUAUUAAUAAGACUGAUAUUGCACAUAUUAAUUAAGUGUUAAUUAGUUAAA